CAACAUUACCCCCUCACCUAAGCUUGGUUCCCGUCAGUUCUCGUAGCAGUGUUUUGCAGUGCUGAGCAAUACGUGAAUGUGAAAAUAUGGCAAGUUCGUCACGGAAUGCUACAAAUAAGGUUUGUUGUUAUGCACAUCCAGAUGCCCCACUUAUAGAAGACUAUAGAGCAGGAGAUCAGAUUUGUUCGGAAUGUGGAUUGGUUGUAGGAGAUAGAGUAAUAGAUGUAGGCUCGGAAUGGAGAACAUUUAGCAAUGAAAAAUCAGGAGUGGAUCCAUCACGUGUUGGUGGCCCAGAGAAUCCACUUCUCAAUGGUGCGGAUCUAUCCACAAUGAUUGGACCAGGAACGGGUGCUGCAUCUUUCGACGGCUUUGGUACUGCUAAAUAUCAAAAUCGACGGACAAUGAGCAGUUCUGACAGAGCUUUGCUUAAUGCUUUUCGUGAGAUUAAUGGUAUGGCAGAUCGUAUUAACUUGCCAAAGACCAUUGUGGACAGAGCCAAUACAUUGUUCAAACAAGUGCAUGAUGGCAAAAAUUUGAAGGGUCGUGCAAACGAUGCAAUUGCUUCUGCAUGUUUGUAUAUUGCCUGCAGACAAGAAGGUGUGCCACGUACAUUUAAGGAGAUCUGUGCAGUCAGCAAGAUAAGUAAGAAGGAAAUCGGUCGAUGCUUCAAACUCAUUCUCAAAGCUCUCGAAACUAGCGUGGAUCUCAUUACCACGGGUGACUUCAUGUCCAGAUUUUGUUCUAAUCUUGGCCUUCCAAAUAUGGUACAGAGAGCUGCUACACAUAUCGCUAGGAAAGCUGUAGAAAUUGAUAUAGUACCCGGAAGAUCACCUAUCUCGGUUGCUGCAGCGGCAAUUUACAUGGCAUCACAGGCAUCGGAAGACAAAAGGUCGCAGAAAGAAAUUGGCGACAUCGCCGGUGUUGCAGACGUCACGAUCCGACAAUCGUACAAAUUGAUGUACCCACACGCGAUCAAGCUGUUUCCAGAAGAUUUCAAAUUUGCCACGCCGAUUGAUCAGUUACCGCAGAUGUAACUGAGAAAAAAUCUCGUUUCCUUCUUCCGAAGUAUGUUUAGCCGUUAAAGGGAUAUUUGUUUUCCAUCACAAACGUAACGAAUGUAUGUAAUAAUUUUUAUUUACAAGGGUACACAUUCCUGAUUAAUUUAUACUUUAUAUUUUUUUCUUUAACGCAGAAAGUAGCAAUUGAUCUUUUUUUUCUUUUUUUUACUUCGUUAUUAAAAAAUGUUUUCUGAAAAAUACUUAACUGAAUAUUUAACAUUUAUAUUCUAUUAUAUUGCUUAUAAGAUAUAAAAAGUGCCUUGUAAUCCAUGUUUGUUUUAGCAUACAAUUCAACUGUUAUUUUCCUUUAUUUAUAAAUUGAUAAUUUAUGAUAUAAGACAAAGUCCAUUUUGUACCACUCUGGCAGAUAAGGUAGUUAUUUUUCCAGCAACAAUUACAAAGCAAAUUCUUAUGUGAUGGCCUCACAUCAUUUAAGAUUGCGUUCGUAAGAUUCGCGUACAUUUAACGGUUCAUAGAUAAUGCAAUUAAUUACUUAAUAUACAAUUUUUUAUAAAUUGUACUAUGAUUUUCUAUGUACAUACAAUUAAUAUACAUAUUUAAUUAUGUAAUUAAUGCACAACACAUAUUAAUUAUAUAAUUAAUAUUUAUAUAAUAUCCACAUAUAUUAACUUAUGUAAGUCCUAUACAAAUUUAGAGUAUAUAUUUUAGGAAUAUAUAUUAUAGGGGAUAUAAAAGAUAUAGGGAACAGAAAAAUAUGUAUAUAUGUAUAUGUAUCUGUGGCGAACAUGUUACACUCCUUAUUUUCUAUAUAAAAUCUCUUAUAUUCCUUUAAUAGAACUGGCCCUGAUAUAAUUGAUUUCAAAUUUUCUUUUUUUUCAUAUGCACAAUAAAUUAUACUAUUAUAACUGACUGAGGACUGAGAUACUGUACAAUAAGAAUAUUGUAUAAAAUUUAUUCUGUGAUAUUUAAAAAAAAAUGAAAAAAAGUAACACUAUCUUGCAAAAUGUCUGAUUCGUCAAUUUAUAUCCAACGCAUACAACGUUAAGCAUAUAAAGAUAUAUAAGUUGAUAACACA